CCUGGGACCACCUGGCUGGUAUAGCUGUGUUGAUCCUGUGACCACCUGGCUGGUAUAGCUGUGUUGAUCCUGUGACCACCUGGCUGGUAUAGCUGUGUUGAUCCUGUGACCACCUGGCUGGUAUAGCUGUGUUGAGCCUGGGACCACCUGGCUGGUAUAGCUGUGUUGUCCCUGUGACCACCUGGCUGGUAUAGCUGUGUUGAGCCUGGGACCACCUGUCUGGUAUAGCUGUGUUGAUCCUGUGACCACCUGGCUGGUAUAGCUGUGUUGAGCCUGGGACCACCUGGCUGGUAUAGCUGUGUUGUCCCUGUGACCACCUGGCUGGUAUAGCUGUGUUGUCCCUGUGACCACCUGGCUGGUAUAGCUGUGUUGAGCCUGGGACCACCUGGCUGGUAUAGCUGUGUUGAGCCUGGGACCACUUGGCUGGUAUAGCUGUGUUGAGCCUGGGACCACCUGGCUGAUAUAGCCGUGCUGUUCCUGGGACCACCUGGCUGGCUGAUAUACGUAUGUAUAGAACCUGUGUCCCCUUGGCUGAUACAUCUGUGGUAUCCCUAGACUCUCCAGACUGACUGAUAGAACGGUGUGUUGGACCUGUGUCCGCCUGGAGGCCACCUGCCGACGGUAACUGGAUUACAGCAUACCUGUGGCCCCUCCCUGCCUCCCACACGGCCUUGUGGGGGCUCCUGCCAUCAUGGACCCACGAGGCGCCAAGAUAAAGGUCUGGGAGGUGAUGGUCGUCCUCACUAGCUUUAUAAUCCUCAAUGUGAAGGCUGUUAUUCUCCUCUUAAUGGAUGUUUACCGCCUCAUCAUACCUCCGGGGGAGAAGUCACUGCUUGGCCAGCUGGUGGUGGUGACUGGGGCCGGUCAGAACCUGGGCCGAGAGUUGGCCUUGCAAUUGGCCCGUCUGGGGGCCAAGACAAUUCUUUUGGAUAUUAAUGAGGAGGAGAAUAAGAUGACUGGAGACAUGAUUGAGGAGGCUGGAGGCGAGGCCCACACCUUCACCUGCGACGUGUCGGACCAGGAGGCUGUGGCCGCCGUCGCUGCCAAGGUGAGGAAAGAAAUUGGUCACCCAGGAUAUGUGUUUAACAAUGCUGGAGUGUACGAGCACAAGCCAUUCCUCUCCCAUACGCCUCAGGAGAUUAAAAGACUUGUUAAUGUUAAUCUUCUUGGAAAUCUUUGGGUGACAAGAGAAUUUCUCGGACAUAUGAUUAAGCACAACCGUGGCCACAUUAUCUGCAUAUCCUCGGUGUUGGGAUAUAUUGGCCGAAGUAAUGUUGUACCAUAUUGCUCAUCCAAGUUUGGAGUUAAAGGAAUGACGGAGGCUCUCGCUGAAGAGAUGAGGAUGGAGAGGCGUUCUGGAGUGAGAGUUACAGCAGUUCAUCCAUUCCUCAUAUCUAAUAUUGAAGAUGUUGCUCCUAACCUCAAGUUUCCAUGGCUCUUUGAAAUCUUGGAACCCAGCGAUGCAGCAUCAAGGAUCAUCAGGGGUGUCAGGAGGAGUCAAGAGGAAAUAUUUCUACCAGAAAAACUGAAGCCCCUCAUGGUGUUCUCAAAGGUAUUACCAAGAAAACUACGUCGCUUGUUUGGAGAUUAUAUGGAAAAUUAGAAAAACUUCUUUCAAACAACCAACUGAUUUAUCAGCAAGUGAUAAUUAAAGAACUCGGGUGUUAAUUGCUCUCAUAAAAAAUGAAAAUGUGCAUUUUACCAUAAAUGAGUUUUUAAUAGUUCAAUGAUCAUUUACUAAAUGCUGUACUCAAAUUUUCAAUAAUAUUUUAUUGUCUGCAGCCGUGAUGUGUUUUAUAGUUUGUAACAUAUUGAUAUGACUCCGUGUUGUCAGGGACGGCAAACUUGCACUUAGAUUUAUCAAGGUUCCGCCUAAACCAACUUCUUACCUUCCCAGUGUUGUCACCCGGUUACCUUGUGUUUAUUUCGGGGAAGCAAUGUCCCUACAGCCCAGUUUCUGACCAGGCCUCCUGUUGUGUAACCCACUAAAGUUGUUUAAUUCCUGGGCACUUAUUACUGCAAGGUGAGCAGAGGCAUCAUGUGAAAGGAAAUGUUGGCCAACUGUCUGUCCUACCCUGGGACUCGAACCUAGGAUCCUCAGUUGUGAGCCGACGACAUAGAUGAUAAUGGAAUAGCUUUUCAAAAUACCUGUAGAGUAACAAGAAUCAAAGAUGUGGACAAACAAUUAGGUACAAUGAUAAAUCGCAGUAAAAUAAAUCAUUUACUAAUCAACAGCCUGACACUACUUUCAAUAUUUUGUCUAAAUCUGAAUUUCUGGAUUAAAGAUUCAAAUUCUUGUUCUGUAUUAUGAUCAUCAUGCCAGUAUCUUUUCACUAAAAAUAUUACCAGGGUGCAGAGCAAUAUGUACAAGGUGUCCCAGAAUUAUCUAUUUCUAUGAAAUUGAACAAAUCUUUUAAAAUCCUACAUACAGGUAAUGUCAUGUUUUCACCAAAUUUUGAUACAAAGAAAUUUAUAAAUCAUAGGUCAAAUCUUUAUUGAGAACUUUUAAUAUGAGCUCUGUCUGUAUCCCUGCAUAUUUAAAAUCUAACUAACAUUGUGAAACACAUUUUGAACAGAUCCAAUUCUUUUAAAUUUGCUAAAGCUCACGAAUUGCUUUGUCUGUAGGACAGAUCCUGUGAAAUUUCCCUGUAAAUCUUUCUCUUAUUUCAUUAACACAAUUCUUUAAUAUGGGAUGACAAUAAAUGUGUUCUUGUGUAUUUAUUAUUAAGGUUAGUGUUCUGAGAGAGAGAGAUGAAAUAAUUUAGAACUUUUUAAAUUUUAAUACAUGUUAAACAUAAUAAACAUCAAUAAACUUAAGUUUUGAACAAGUUUGUCCAAUUUCAGAGAAAUAUAGCUAAUUCAGGGGCAUACUGUACAGUAUACAGUGUCUGCACAACACAUAACACGCACAUCUCCUGUACCAGGCGAGUACGACGGGCUCAUCAUAGCCCAUGCUGCCUGGCACAUUUUGUUCCGAGUGGCUGAAUCUAAAACACCAAAAAGUGUCCACAUUACUAUAUAGUGUUAAAAAUUGGAUUUUCUCAGCUUAUGUUGAUUUUUUGUUAUAAGGAAUUACAAGUACAGUACUGUAUUGUGUUGCAGAAAGAUCUGUUUGAAGUAGAACUAUUUUUUUUAUAAAAUUUACGAUUAAAUAAAAAAGUACAGUAAUGAUUUUUCUAAGACUUAGAUAAUAUUUCAGGAAUAUCAUAUAUAUAUGUAAUUAGACAAACAAUAUUGCUAAUUACAUUUAAUGAACUUAUCUAGAUAUUUAAAGAAUUAUAUAAAACAUUUGUCUUGCUAUAUUUUAUUUAUCUUUUUAUGGUCAUCUUGUUUUAGUGAGCAGCAAGACAUAUAUACUGUACAAACUUAAGGAGGGAAAGGUUAGUAAAAGUAGUUUCAUUAGCUUUGUCAUGAAGCUACAAACACAUGCAGACAUUUGUAAUGAAAAUCACAAAAAUUAAUAGACAAGAUACAGUAUCUCCAUACAUAGAAGUGAAUUAUAUAUUUUGGUUGCAACCCUAAAUGUAAAGCCAAAAUUAGAGAGGAUCCGUGAUGCAAGUGAGCAGUUGCAUCACAUUUCUCUUGCUUUGGCAUCCUUGCAGGUACAAAUGUAUUUCACUUAUAUUGAGAGUGCGUAAUUCUGUAAGUGCGUGUUCAGCAUCUUGACUACUUCUAUCAUGCAAAGAAUCGCCUGUCAUGGCUAUUUGAAAUAUGCAUUCAGUAUGUUUCCCGAGCUGCUACUCUAUUAGAUAUAAGAGGCAUUUUAUAUUGUCAAUGUGUCUAAAUGUGAACAAUUAUAAAGACUAACAUUCAAAUAAAUAUUUGUCUA